AUGGCACCUUUCCUCGGCCUGCGCGGCAAUAAGCUGCAAAUAGCCGCCAUUCUAGGUGUAUUAAUGCCUGGAAUUCUGUCUGUUGGCUACAAUGCUGCCCUGUUCGGCGGGAUGCUUACAAUGACUCCUUUCGAAGACGAAUUUCCCCAGAUCGACAUCGCCCAUUCUAGAAAUCCGUCCAAAGCAUCCACACUUCAGGGUGUUGUGGUGGCUGUGUACACAAUUGGCGGAUUUUUAGGAUCCUUGUCAUGUAUAUGGCUCGGUGAUAAGCUUGGUCGUCGACGAACUAUCAUGACAGGCUCUCUUGUGCAGAUUCUAGCAUCUGUUCUCUUAGCCAGUGCAACCACUCUUGUUCAACUUGUGGUGGGUCGAUUAUUUCUGGGCGUGGGGACUGGGUUUUUGCUUGCCACUAUUCCCCUCUGGCAGUCCGAAAUCUCCCCUGCUAAUAAGCGUGGUGCUCACGUUGUCACCAAGGGUGUGUUCAGUGGACUUGGAUGUGCCAUGUCACUCUUUCUAGACUAUGGAAUGUCUUUCGUCAAGGGUAGUGUGGCGUGGAGGCUUCCAUCUGCCUUGACAAUCUUGCUUUCGAUGACGGUUUUUGGGUUCAUCACUCUGCUUCCUGAAUCGCCUAGAUGGCUCAUUCGAAAGGAUAGAGUGGCUGAGGCUCGUUAUAUCUUGGCUGCUCUGGAAGACGCAGAUACUGGGGACGAGUCUAUCGAGAAAAAGAUAAACGAUGUACUGAACUCACUCCAGAUGGCCGGAGCCACAUCCUUCAAAAGCUUUUUCAGCAUGGGUCCUCAAAGAACAUUCCACCGAGCCAUGCUUGGGAUUGGUGCCAUGGCUUUCCUUCAAGCAUGCGGCGUCUCAGUGGUGACCUUCUAUAUAAGCGAAAUCUUCGAGGAAGAUCUACUCCUCGACCAAUCCACAUCCUUACUUCUCGCCGGAGUCUUCCAGCUAGUAGGUCCGAUUGGUGGCGUAGUAUGCGUGGCAAGCAUUGAAAGCUUCGGUCGACGAAAACUGCUGCUCGCGAGUACAAUCGGCAACGCAAUCUGCUUAGCCCUCGUCGCCAGUCUAGGCUCACAGACUAACAACACAAUGGCCAUGCACGGAGCGGUAGUCUUCAUAUUCCUCUUCCAUUUCUCCUAUAUCAUUGGGUUCGGCGGAAUUCCAUACCUUUAUGUAUCCGAGGUUGCACCCUUGCAUUUACGCACAAUCAUCAGCAGUAUUAGCAUCAGCGUGUCUUGGGCUCUGAGUAUCCUUGUCACCAGCAUUACUCCGAUUGCGCUGACCUACAUGCACCAAGGGUACUUUGUUAUCUUUGCCGCGUUAAAUGCGGUCAUGGUACCUCUGAUUUAUUAUCUCUUUCCUGAAACAUCUGGUCGCAGCCUUGAAGAGAUGGACAGAAUUUUUGCACUUUCGGAAGGCAUCUUUGAUGUUGUCAAGGUGGCUAAGCGCCUUCCAUAUGGGCAGCAGGUUGAUGGCCUGCCCGCUGAGAAAGAGUAUGAUAUGGAUUCAAAAGGUCCCGUUGUCAAGAGCGAGGAAAUUUGUUCAGUCUAA